CCCUUGCUGCCCAAUAGUUCAGGAUGAUAAAACAUAACCGCAUGCGCAACCGCACACCUGGGGAUGCUCAUCGUUAGGGGAGGCAGAAAUUGUCAAGAGGCUGAAUGCUAUAUGUGCACAAGUCAUUCCCUUCCUGUCCCAAGAGCACCAGCAACAAGUGGUGCAGGCUGUGGAGCGUGCCAAGCAAGUGACCAUGGCAGAACUGAACGCAAUCAUUGGGCAGCAACAACUCCAGGCCCAGCAUUUGUCACAUGGACAUGGUCUUCCCGUGCCGCUCACUCCGCACCCCUCGGGCUUGCAGCCUCCAGCCAUCCCCCCCAUUGGCAGCAGUGCUGGUCUCCUGGCACUGUCCAGUGCGCUGGGGGGGCAGUCCCAUCUCCCAAUUAAAGAUGAGAAGAAACACCACGAUAACGAUCACCAAAGAGACAGAGACUCCAUCAAGAGCUCUUCUGUAUCUCCCUCAGCCAGUUUCAGAACAGCAGAAAAGCACAGAAAUUCAACAGAUUAUUCUUCAGAUAGUAAGAAACAGAAAACAGAAGAGAAGGAAAUAGCAGCUCGUUACGACAGCGAUGGUGAAAAGAGUGAUGACAACUUGGUAGUUGACGUUUCUAAUGAGGAUCCUUCCUCUCCCCGGGGGAGCCCAGCACACUCUCCGCGGGAGAAUGGCUUGGACAAGACUCGACUGCUGAAGAAAGAUGCUCCAAUUAGUCCUGCAUCUAUUGCAUCCUCCAGCAGUACUCCUUCCUCCAAAUCCAAAGAACUUAGCCUUAAUGAGAAAUCCACCACUCCUGUGUCUAAAUCAAAUACCCCAACUCCACGGACUGAUGCCCCAACUCCAGGCAGCAACUCUACUCCCGGACUGCGGCCAGUACCUGGCAAACCCCCAGGUGUGGACCCACUAGCUUCAGGUUUAAGGACACCUAUGGCAGUGCCGUGUCCUUAUCCUACUCCAUUUGGGAUCGUGCCACAUGCUGGUAUGAAUGGGGAGCUGACCAGCCCUGGGGCUGCCUACGCUGGUCUACACAAUAUUUCCCCUCAAAUGAGUGCGGCAGCUGCAGCAGCAGCAGCGGCAGCAGCUUAUGGGAGAUCUCCAGUGGUUGGUUUUGAUCCACAUCAUCACAUGCGAGUCCCAGGCAUCCCUCCCAAUCUCACAGGCAUCCCAGGAGGAAAACCAGCAUACUCAUUUCAUGUAAGUGCAGAUGGUCAGAUGCAGCCAGUUCCUUUCCCUCCUGAUGCCCUCAUUGGUCCAGGAAUCCCUCGCCAUGCCCGCCAGAUCAACACUCUGAACCACGGGGAAGUUGUGUGUGCAGUUACCAUCAGCAACCCCACGAGACACGUGUACACGGGUGGGAAGGGGUGCGUCAAGGUCUGGGACAUCAGCCACCCUGGCAACAAGAGCCCUGUCUCUCAGCUGGACUGCCUGAACAGAGAUAACUACAUCCGUUCCUGCAGAUUGCUCCCCGAUGGCCGCACCCUGAUUGUUGGUGGGGAAGCCAGCACAUUAUCCAUUUGGGACCUGGCAGCUCCUACUCCUCGCAUCAAAGCAGAGCUGACAUCUUCUGCUCCGGCUUGCUAUGCCCUAGCUAUCAGCCCCGAUUCCAAGGUCUGCUUCUCUUGCUGUAGCGAUGGGAACAUUGCAGUGUGGGAUCUGCAUAACCAAACUUUAGUAAGGCAAUUUCAGGGCCACACAGACGGAGCAAGCUGUAUUGACAUUUCUAAUGACGGCACCAAACUAUGGACAGGAGGCUUGGACAAUACGGUCAGAUCCUGGGACCUCAGAGAAGGGAGACAGCUACAGCAACAUGACUUCACAUCGCAGAUCUUCUCACUGGGUUAUUGUCCAACUGGUGAGUGGUUGGCAGUAGGAAUGGAGAACAGUAACGUCGAGGUGUUGCAUGUUACUAAGCCAGACAAAUACCAACUGCAUCUUCACGAGAGCUGUGUGUUGUCACUCAAGUUUGCUCAUUGCGGCAAAUGGUUUGUAAGCACUGGAAAAGAUAAUCUUCUUAAUGCCUGGAGAACACCUUAUGGAGCCAGUAUAUUCCAGUCCAAAGAAUCCUCAUCUGUGCUUAGCUGUGAUAUCUCUGUGGAUGACAAAUACAUUGUCACUGGCUCUGGGGACAAGAAAGCUACAGUCUAUGAAGUUAUUUAUUAGAGACAAAUCUAAAUGCAGACUGAACUCCUUCUCCUAGCACUUUGCUAUAUGUUCCUUUUUUUUUUUUUUCUUUCUAAACUGAAAACUUAAAUGCUCAUCACAGUUGUGGAAUUUAUUUUUACCUUCUUAACUUGCUGUUGAUUUGGGAAUGCUCAUUAAGAAGUUGUGAUACCAAAUUGUCAGAUAUCUACUUGGAAGAAGAUGGAAUAAGCAUAGUUAACAGUGAACUUGACUCUUUAAUUAUGUAUUAUAGCUGUAAUGUAUUUAUUUUGUUUAAAGAAGGCUUUCUAACAAUGAACUGACUAAAUAAAGCUGUCUGGCCCGGCUUUAGUUUGAAAGGUGCAUUGUAUACUUUGUGUUUUUGCAGGUGGAUAAAUUGGGGAUCUUGGAGAAGGAUGUUCAGCAGAUAGUUAAAGCUACACUAAAUAGACUUGUAGUUUCUAUUUAAAAAAAAUAAACUUUGUUAUAUUUUUUAGUCCUGUUCUUGGAUGAGACCUCUAAGUGUUAUUACAGUAUAAUUAUUUGGUGGGAAGAUGCUGUAUCUUAACUAUUUUAGACAGUCUUGGAAACUUAGGAAAUUGCAAACUGUAGCCAGUAAUCUACAUGCCUGUGAUGAAUGGCAAAUUCAGUUCACAUCUAAAUUAAAUUCACUUUAAGUAAGAAUGUGCUAAUUUAUAUAUUUGCAAUGUUAAUAUAGCAUCUUGUGUACAGAUUUGUUCUCAAUGCUUUUCUGUUGAUAAACAUAAAGCAUUUUGGUGUCAAGCUAGGUUUUUUAAUAUAAACACCUCUCUUUGUUAUAUUGUAGAGAGUACAAUAAGUUGCCUCAAAGAAUCACCUUUGUUACUUCUGGAAACUUUUGCAAUGUUUCCUUGAAAAUGGGGAUAUGUGUCUUUGGGCAAUUUUUCAAUUACAAGAGAUUAUGAAAAAUAUUUGAUAUGUUCUUUGGAAACUGCACUGAAAUAAGAAUGGAUGCCUACCAAUAUACAAACUACAAAAGCAAUGACCUCUGAGGUAGGAUUUACAAGAGUACUCAUUCCGACAUAUAAAAAGGAAUGGAUUCUCAUUGGGAUAAGGACUUGCUUUGUUCGCCAGCAGUUCAAUCCAAGUCUUGAUUGGAUGUCCCUAAAACGGACGCAGACUGAGCCAUUGUGCCAGAGACAACGUGUUAUCUUUUUAUGUUGUUGUUGUUGCUGUUAAACUAUGAUCUGUGACUUUUUUUUUGAAUGCUUUAAAGAAAAUCUUUAAGUCUGUGGAUCUGCUGAUGUACAGUGCCUUUGCUGCUAUGGAUCAAAAUCAAAAGACCCGUGUAGAUAAAUCUUAUUGUAUAAGUAGAAAAUUACUUAAUUUCAUACUAGAAAUGGAUUGAUGCUGCAAGUUAAAAUGGACUGUUCAUUGAAGUUCCAAAUGUGGUAGCAAAAAAUGGUGUCUUAAGUGCUUAGUGUUUGAUGUCAUUAACGGUUUCGUAAUACUCUACAUUGUAGAAAGAUUUUGAUACUAAACUGUGUCAUUGUACAUAGUUCUAAUGCAUUGUAUUGACCACCAGUACUUCUAUAAUGGUAGAUUAUUGUUUGUGCAUUCAGACUUUUAAGCAUUAAACAUAAGUAACUUCUAAGAUGCAUUUUUCUAUAUUUUUUCCCCCCUCCUUCAUCCUUUUUGUGUGUCAUAAUCUCAGCUAUGUGCAUGCAGAAGGCUGUCUUUAAGAGCAACAGGCGUUCAGUCACAGAGAGUGCCACUACCGAUACUUUGUGGUUUUGUCACUGAAAGACAAUGUAGAGUUUCACAAGAUUUCUCCGAGCUAGCAAAAUGAAUGGAUUUAUGUUUUCCCAGGUUACCUGACUGCAGUGAUUCUGAACUCUUGGUGGCAUCAGCCACAAGACUUUGGCCGUGUCACCUAGGAGUUUGCCACCUCCUGUUUGUGCGGUUUCACAGCCGAUACAAAGCUUUACAUUACCCCAUACCUUGGAGAGAGUGAAAUUGGGAACAAUUCCUGCUCCCAUGCCUGCUGAAGUAUGCGGAGCUCAGCAGGACAUGGGGAGUGGUGUUGCACUGCAGCAUCACACCUGGGUAUCCCCAUCCAAAGCUAAAACCCGUUCAUUCCUGUGGAAAGGCUUCUCUUGACUACUGUUGGUUUUAGAUCAAGAAUUUAACCCAGCUUCCAUUGAGAUAAACACAGGUUAAAUUGAA